UGCGGCAGACCGCGCACGGCGCGGGCGCGCGAUCCGCGAUGUACGCCGCUCUGACCUGGAGCGAUUCGCGAUCAGCCAUUACUAGUUCAACCUAGGAAAUGCGCUCCGAAGUUCAAAACGCGCGAUCCAACAAGCAGAAAACGCCGCGAGUGUUCAUUUAGUUCUACAUUUACAGCAUUUCCAUAUUUAAAAUAUUCUUUUACAAUGUUCUUGUGUUGGUAUUGAGUGUAAAGUUUAUUCAGUUCAAGUUCACGACAAGUAUGACUCGUGUCAAGUCAUGCCGUUAAUUCAAUUGGUUUCAUUUAAAAAGCUUACAGAAAUAGUGAUAUAAGUGAAUACAUAGUAUGCGACUCCAGUAUAUAGCAUAAAACCAAAGUGAGUUUAGUGUACAGUGUGAGUGCAACAAAUCGUACAAAAUGAUGCAAGGAUUGCUGGAGUCACUGUACAAGAUCUACACAGAUUGGCGCGCUCCAAUGUCAGAUGAAGCGGAGGCGGGGCGGGGACGGCGCGUGCCGGCGCCGCCGCCGCGACACGCAGCCGCGCGACCACCGGAACCGCGUCCGCGCACCCUUGUCCCCGUGCCCCACUCUGGCCCUGUUGUCCCCGUGCCCCACUCUGGCCCCGUUGUCCUCGUGCCCCACUCUGGCCCCGUUGUUCCCGACCCGACUCGCAACCAACCGCCCCGACUUAUCCGACCAUCGGAACAUCUCGCCAUUGUCGAGCGGUCCAUGGAACGGCGGCCGCCGCCUCUCGUGCCGUCUGUAACGGUGGUGCAAGGUCCUCGACCGUCUCUGCCACCACCGGCUUUGGUUCACAGGCCCGUAGCGCCCCCACCGCUCAGGAUGCCGGCUCCUGCUCUUCAUCCCUUGAUGAGGUUGCCGCAGCCGAGAAGAGAUGUUCAGUUUAACAUGGUCUUAGACAGUGUUGUCACUUUCGCUGAAACAGCGGCAGGCGUAGCCAGGCCCUCGGGCUCCGCUGAUUUACCGCGCAGUGACUGGUUCAUUAUUCCGCAUUAUCACCUGUACGCGUGCGCACCCUACUGA